AUGGAAGGCAAAGGCGCCAGUACGUCAUCCACCACCACCACUACAAACACCAGCAGCAUGACUAGCGAACAUACCAUUGAAAAUGAUCUACCUUCCGCCGAGACUAAAACAAAUCUAAUUGAUUUGGAUAUUCAGGAUCCGCAGCAAGCGAGGUCCCGGUCACUCAACAAUGCUGACGUUUCGGGAUCUAAUGUUCAUACUGAAGAUGAAGAUGUAGAAGAUCCUUCACACCAAACAGAUCCAAAUUCAAGUUCAAACACAGAAACCGAAGCGAGGAAAGAAACUCCUGAAUGGCAAAAAUUUAUAAUCAAAGCCUCAACUUUUAUAGGCUAUGCACUCACGACAUGUUUGUUUUCAAAGAUUAUAUAUUUGCAUUAUUUUUUCGUAAGAUUGAGUUAUGACGACGAGACAGCAAUGAAAAUGCUAGAUGGAGUAUUUAGAGCUCAAGAGAAAGCCAUUGAUGAUUACCACAAGAGAAAGCGAAGCUAUGAGACUGACGACGACAGUCCUCCAGAAUAUCAGUAG